ACCGGUACGCAAUUUCGUUUUCGGGAAAAACUGCGAGUGCAACGAUCGAGCUGAAAAAGGGGUGUGGUUCUACUCUCAAAUAAAACUUACUGGGACUGGUUGUUUCUCCCGAUGAGCCGCAGUAUUUUGCUUACAAAAUGGGAAACUUAUUUGGAGGACACAAAAAGUCACGAGUUACUGAACAGGAUAAGGCUGUACUUCAAUUGAAGCAGCAGCGUGACAAAUUGAAAAUGUACCAGAGGAAAAUUGAGGCCUCGUUGGCCAAAGAAAGAGAAUUAGCUAAGAAGCUUCUCAAAGAGGGAAAGAAGGAAAAAGCCAAAUUACUGCUGAAGAAGAAACGCUACCAGGAAUCACUUCUCACCAAGACCGACAAUCAGUUAGACAAUCUAGAGAAGAUGACAUCAGAGAUAGAAUUUGCCCAAAUUGAGCAUCAGGUCAUUGACGGACUCAAAGUUGGGAACGAUUGCCUGAAGAAAAUGCACCAGAUGAUGUCUCUAGAGGAUGUAGAAAAGAUCAUGGAUGAGACGAGAGAAGGCAUUGAAUAUCAAAACGAGAUUGACGAGUUGCUAGCGGGUGGCUUGACCGAAGAAGAUGAAGAAGCCGUGCUCGCUGAGCUUUCACAGAUAACAGGAGAAUCGGAGAUCACCUUACCCACUGUGCCUCAAGAUCAACUUCCACAAAUCGAUGACAGUGAACCAGAGAGGGAGACAGAGCGAAGAAGGAAAGAGCCAGAGUUGGUGCCAGCAUCGUGAUAAUGUUUACAUUGAACAUAGAAAGGAACUUCUUCAUUUCUUGAUAAACUGGAUAUUGAACCACAGAGGGAGACGGAAAGAUCCAGAGUCUGUGCCAACAUCAUGAUGAUAUAAACACAGAAAAGAACUUCUUUAUUUCUUUCUUGGUAAACUGGAUUUCUGUUAGCAAAUGUCAACCAUGUGAAUGAAAGUGAGCAAAGAUGGCAGCAGUUUGCGCAUACAGGAUAUGAGAAAUAAUAAUAUUCCGCCUUUAUAUAGUGCUUAAUGCAUCGGAACGUCUCUAAGCACUUUACAGAUAAAUUAUUACCCCGGUCAUCGGAUCCUUGCAUGCCCGCAUACAAUGUAUGCACCAUCUCCACUCCCUGGGGAGCAUUCCUACAAGAGUUCCAAGACUCAUAUGCUAGGCAUACUACAUGGGCUUUCGCAUCCUACCAGGUACCCAUUGAACACCUGGGUGGAGAGUGGCAAAUUGUGGAUUGUAUGUUUUCUAUGAACUUAAUGUCUUGAUAAAUGGAAUAUCUGCAAGUUUUGACUUUCUUGUAUGAGGGUGAACUAAGAGUCAACAAUGGCACCAAUUUUGUGCUAACAGGAGGAACUUUGCUUGUUUAUUUUAUCAACUUGAUAUGUCUUUUAUAAAUUAAUGACCUUAAGGAAGCUUAAAUUACAGACGGAAGUAUCUUUGAUGUGUAUUGAGCUUGAAAAUAUUCUUUAGAUAAAUCCAUGCAGAACGAAGGAGAUCUGAGAGAAGUGACAAUUUUAACUGAACCGAUAAAGAAAGAUAUAGUGAAACCUGUCUAAAAAAAAACACUGAGGGGAGACAAAGAUAGUGUUUAUGAAUAGGUGGUCUCUAUGGAAGGGUUCCUAUAAUACAUGUUUCAAUGGGGAAUAAGAUUCAAGACUCAAAGAAAACCAAACUUGUCAUCUUAGUAGAUAGCUUGUCUGUCCAUACAGGUGGUCACUAUAAAGCAGGUCGACUGUUGGUGCAUUUUGUCUUCAUGGACUUAUACUGUAUCAAGGGCUGUUUCAUGGAACUGUUUGAUUACGGUACCAAAAUUCAAUCUGGCCCAAUCACAUUGCACGAUUUCGCUAGCUUAUAACAGUGGCUUGUUACAUUGUAUUGAUAACAAGCUUUAUGAAACGGGGUACAGAUGCAUCAAUACAAAGGUGCAUUAAGUCUUAAAGAGUUGCACUUAAAUUUCAGUUGCUUGCACUACAUGUAUAUUGUAUGCAUCACCACAUUUGCCCAAUCGUGCUAAGAGGACGUGCGUUGCUGUGUAUUAAAUUAAUUAGAAUGCUUGUCACAUAUUAUGUUACAUCAGCAUUUAAACAUGACUUUAUAGUAGCCACACUUAAGUCUUUGUUUGUGAAUCGCACCCUGGAAUUCACAAAGGUAGGUCAAUCCUAGGUUUAUGAUGUCAACUUUUGUACUUAAGCAAACAAACUGUAAAUAGUGGAUCUGAUUCAUUCAAAAAGCCUCAAAUUUCAAAUUUAUCUAUUGAACUAAUCCACGCCAAUGAAAUUUAUAUAAUAUAUGGACCCUUAAUGACAUUAUCAGAUAUUCACCCCCACCCCCCC